GUGUAUUCGCGCCAACUUUGCCAAGUCAGCUUGGGAGUAUUUACUCGGAGAGGGAAAAUACUGACUGCAGGUAGUAGAAUCCAGGAAGCUACGAAAUGGAUACCAAACAUGCAAAUGUUCAAAGGAAAUUAGAAUUUCCUGUAAGGAAAUCGACGAGGUCGACAAGGGCCAAACACCAAAACAGAUCCAAGACAGAGUCCCCGAGAAAAAGAUGCAGUGAUGAUGAAAAUAACACAGCUUCCACUCUAGCAUGUUCUCCAACAAAAAGAUCAAAGAGGCUCAGAGAAACGCCCACAAGAUCGAGGUUGCGUUCAAAGCUGUUCCCCAUGCAGUCAACAGAUAAUGAAGUUGUACUCUCAUCUCCAACAAAACUUAAGUCUGAUAAAGUCCUGGUAUCUCCAGUCAAACAGAAAGCUGAAAAUAACCUUGCUUCUCCUGUCAAAUCGAAAACAUCGGAUGGCAGAAAGGUGAAAUCUCCAUUUAAGGAGAACAAGAAUGCAGACAAGGAGAAUACACCUGUCAAAGUUAGAAUGCCAGGUAUCUGUAGUGUGAAGCCCCUAUCUUCACCAGUAAGGAAGCAAAUCCUGGCCACGGAGGAAAGGCCAAUCUCUCAGCUUAAACUACAUCGUCCUAAUGGACAAGUCUAUCAUAAAGCUAAGCAGACCUUUCACACCGCUAAACCAGACCGGCUGGUUGGGAGGGAGAAAGAGGUCGAGGACAUCAACAAAUUUGUGAAGAAACACGUGUCCAACAAGACGUCGGCUAGUCUAUACAUAUCUGGAGCCCCGGGGACUGGAAAGACAGCAUCGUUAUAUCACAUUCUGGACACCAUCAAAAUAUCAUACAGCUGUAAGAGUUUGUAUUUAAACUGCAUGGCGUUAAAGGAUUCAGCCACGGUGUACGGAAAACUGUACACAGAAUUAACUGGGAAGUCCCCACCAUCUGCAAAAGACAGACUGAGAGCUGUAGAAAAAUGUUUGACAGCCAGUGGACCCAGCAUUAUUAUGGUGUUGGAUGAAAUCGACCAGCUGGACAGUAAAAACCAAGAGAUUCUCUACACAAUAUUUGAGUGGCCAACUUUAGCCAAAUCUCGACUUGUUUUGAUAGGAAUAGCCAAUGCCUUGGAUUUAACCGACAGAAUAUUACCUCGUCUUCAAGCAAGACCUAACUGUAAACCUCAGCUGCUAAACUUUCCUCCUUAUAGUCGGGAACAGAUUGCUGCUAUAUUACAAGAUCGGUUACAGAUGCUUGAAAAGGAUGGGGUGUCAGUGGUGGAGCCAAGUGCUGUUCAGUUUUGUGCUAGGAAGAUAUCGGCUGUGGCGGGAGACAUGAGGAAGGCCUUGGAUGUGUGUCGACGUGCAAUAGAAAUGGUGGAGCAGGAAGUAAAAGCCCAGCAGACCCUCAAACUCUCUACACAUGAUUGUCCAAACAGUCCCACUAAAAUGAAUCCUCCCAUGAAGAAAAUCGGAGUGAUGCAGAUUUCCAAGGUGUUGUCAGAGGUGUAUGGAUCAAGCUCCGCUUCUAACAGCCAAGACAGCAUUCCACUGCAACAGAAACUGAUUGUCUGCACACUGCUGCUCAUGGUUAAACAAGGAAAAUUAAAGGAAGUCACCUUGGGCAAAUUACACGACACAUACACCAAAGUGUGUAAGAAAAGACAGAUGGCUGCCAUAGAUUACUCCGAGUAUCAAGGAGUCGUCAGUCUGCUGGAAACCAGGGGUAUUACAGGAAUCAAGAAAGUCAAGGAUGGAAGAAUGGCCAAGGUGACACUGAAACUGGAUGAAAAAGAACUUGAACAUACACUACAAGACAAAGUAUUAAUGUCUGGUAUUUUAAAAGAUGGUCUUCCGUAAAUACUAGUACCUGUUGUAUCUUGUACAGUGUAUAUGGAUUGACAGAAAAUAAGAAUUACCACCGAUUGUACAGUGAUGUGUAGAAAAGGCACCCAGUGGAUUGACAGAAUAUAAGAAUUGCCUCCGGUUGUACAGUGAUGUGUAGAAAAGGCACCCAGUGGAUUGACAGAAUAUAAGACUUGCACAGUGUAUUUAGAAAAGAUGGCCAGUGUAUUGACAAAAAAAUAAGAAUUGUCCCUUGGGUUGACAAGAACUGAAGGUGUUGUUCAAGGGAAUUUAUGUCUUUCAUUCUGAUACAAUCGAUCUCGGUUACAUGUAGGUAUAUUAUGUACAUGCUGAAACCCCAGUGAAAUACAGAAAUGCAGUUUCUGAUUAAUUUAAAAUGUUGAAUGUGUAUAUAAAAAGUUUAUUCUAUAUACACAUAUUAUGUAAUUUUUAUGCCACCUUUAUAUUUUUAUUCUAGGCAAUUUAUUCCUUUUUCUUUUAAGAGUAAUGCAUGCGAUUUUUAUUUUUUUCUUAUGGAUCAAUUUUAUUUUUCUUGAGUAAUCUGUUUUCAUGAAAGCUGCGUGUAGUUUUAUGUAAUGUAUGAUACAUUUGUAUAUUCCCGUGUGUUCCUAAUGUUUGAGUGUACAAGCACUAUUUAUUUGGUAUGCUGAAUGAAAUGAAGAAUACAUGGUGAAUUGUAUGUUGAUUGUGCAUACUUGCUUUUUUUAUCCCAAAAUUGGGAUAAACAGAUGUUUGAAAACUGAUGGUAAAGUAUUUGUACAUUUCAAGAUGGUUGAUUUUUAGUUCGAAUUAAAGGUACUGUCAAAAUUAUAGAAAUUGAUGGCGAGUCUAAUGAUUUAAUUUUCAGUCUUUGCAUGACUUGUUCUUUUAAAUUAUGCAUGUUUCUGCGUAGUCUGUUCUGCAGCUGAAGUAAUGUGUAGCGUAUGUCAAUUUAUUUUGAGUCUUUAUAUAUUGGAGAAAAUUUUUAUAUUUGAUGAUGAUGUGCAUGACGUCCCAUUUAUUCUCCUAUUUAUAAUUUAGUGACAAUGGGAGUGAUUUUUUUGUUGGAUAUGAUAUAGGUCUUGUGUGAUUUGAAUAAAGUUGAUUUGAAUGCUUUGUUCUUUAACAGUUGAAAUUAUGAAAAUUAAAGUUGCUUGCAUACAGAGAUA